AUGUUACAGGAACGAAUUGAGAAAAUUAUCGACGAAAACACAAGCUCAGACUUUUAUGGUCAUACCAAAAAAAGGAAAGAACGAAUUGAUGCCAGAAUCAGCAGCUAUAAAGAUAUUAUGGCAAAGCUUACCUUCAAUCAAAUAGCUGAUGCUGAAAGAGAAAUGGAUAUAUUAGUUGAUUUGUUGGAAAAAGAACGUGAUCUUUCUCAUUACGCUGUUCAUAUUGAUAUGGAUGCAUUUUAUGCAGCUGUUGAAAUGAGAGAUGACCCUUCGCUGCGUGAUAUACCUAUGGCUGUUGGUUCCGAUUCUAUGCUUAGUACUUCAAAUUAUGCUGCUCGUCGUUUUGGAGUUCGAGCUGCCAUGCCUGGUUUUAUUGCCAAAAAAUUAUGUCCUCAGUUAAAAAUAAUUCAUGGUUCUUUCGAAAAAUAUCACAAAGCAAGUUCAGUGGCUAGAGAGGUAUUUAAAGAAUAUGACCCUGAUCUUUGUAUGGGUGGUUUGGAUGAAGUUUAUAUGGAUUUAAGUGCGUACAUUCACGAUCGUCUUCCUAAAGGCUCAAUUGAGUAUGGACGAAUUCGAUAUACAGGGGAAUGUGUGUGUCGGUUACCCCUUAUUACAGAAGACGAAAUGGAUCAGCUGGUUGAUGCAGAAAUUGUCGAAGAAGAAUGUCUGAAAUGUGAAAAAGUGCGUAAGUGUGUGCGAGAUCGCAUAACUUUUGGAGUAAAUGUCGAUGAAGUUGUGAGAGAAAUACGAUUCAGAGUGGAGCAAGCAACUGGGUUGACCUGUAGUGCAGGUAUUGCACCAAAUUCAAUGCUAGCAAAAGUGUGUUCGGAUAUUAAUAAGCCAAAUGGUCAGUUUCGUCUAUUGAAUGAAAGAGAAGCUGUUUGGAAUUUCAUGAAGAAUCUUCCAAUACGCAAAGUAGUUGAAUUGAUUUCAAUUAGUGGUAUUGGUCCUGUAACGGAAGCUGUUUUAAAAGGAAUUGGUAUGGAAACAUGUGGUGAUUUAUAUGAGCAUCGUGGACUAAUCAGUUUGCUUUUCUCACAGUCUAGUUACGAGCAUUUUUUACGUAUUGCACUGGGUAUAGCUGAUGUGUUCACUUCAGAUCACAAGUCAAGACGGAAAAGUAUUAGUUGUGAGAGAACUUUUCAUCCGACUACAGAUGCUAAAGUUCUUUUUGAGAUGCUCGAAAAUUUGUGUAAUGAGCUUGUUGAUUCAUUGACUGAUCAUAACAUUCGAGGAGGUCGAACAGCUACUGUGAAAAUGAAGUAUUCUACAUUCGAUGUCAUUACAAGAAGUUCUAGUGUAGGUUACGUAAUUACUGAUGCGGAUCGGUUAUUUUCUUUAUGCUCAAAGCUUCUACGCCAGGAAAUAAACUGCAAUCAUGAUAGUGACAAACAAUUACGUCUGCUCGGUGUGCGAUUAGCUCGUCUAAUUUUCCACGAUGAAAAGGCUGAGAAGUCAAAUCCGUUGUCUUUGUUUUGGAAAUCAGCUCAAACAAAUCCUACAGCUAUGGAAUAUGUUACCAGCUUAUCAGAUGGUAAGGAUCAACCAUCGACUUCGACAUACAAUGUUGUUGGAAGCGUGAACUAUUGUAAUGAUGACUCAGAUGUGGUGUCAAAAAAAGUACUUUGUUCAGAUGACCAACAGUUUUGUCCAAUUUGCAACGGGGUUUUGCCGAAAGAGCUUGGAUUGAUCAAUCGACAUAUUGACGAGUGCUUAAACAGGUCAAAAAUUAGUGUUUAUUGUUCUAACUCGUGUAAUAAUUAUCAGCUAUUUUAA